AUGAAUCUCGACCACACGCUUGAGUUGCUGAGGCAGGGGAAGCACAUACCGGAGGAGACGGUGUACAGUCUGUGUUUGGAGUUGCAAGAGUUGCUGAUCAACGAGGCGAAUGUGUCGUAUGUGGACACGCCCGUGACGAUAUGCGGGGACAUACAUGGCCAGUUGCACGAUCUGCUGACGUUGUUCGAGAAGUCAGGAGGCGUGGAGAAGACGCGGUACAUAUUCCUUGGGGAUUUUGUCGACAGAGGGUUCUACUCUUUGGAGAGUUUCCUCUUGCUUCUGUGUUACAAACUGCGGUACCCAGACAGGAUCACUCUGAUCAGGGGGAACCACGAGACCAGGCAGAUCACGAAAGUGUACGGGUUCUACGACGAGGUGUUGCGGAAGUACGGCAACUGCAACGUGUGGCGGUACUGUUGCGAGGUGUUUGAUUACUUGUCCCUGGGGGCCAUUAUCAACAACAAGAUAUUCUGCGUGCACGGCGGUCUCUCCCCCGAUGUAGACACGCUGGACGCGAUCCGCGGGAUCGACAGGAAACAAGAGGUCCCGCACGAGGGACCCAUGUGUGACCUGCUGUGGUCUGACCCGGACGACGUCGAGACUUGGUCUCUGUCCCCGAGAGGCGCAGGGUUCCUGUUUGGUAAGAACGAGGUGGACAAGUUCCUACACGGCAACGACAUAGAGCUCAUCGCUAGAGCACACCAGCUUGUGAUGGAAGGUUACAAAGAGAUGUUUGACGGCGGUCUUGUGACUGUGUGGUCAGCACCGAACUACUGCUACCGGUGUGGCAAUAUAGCCGCUGUCUUGGAGAUAGACGACCAGUUACAGCGGAACUACACGAUAUUCGAGGCCGUCCAGCCGCAAGACGGAGUGGGCAACGCCAUAAUACCGACGAAGAAACCGCAGAUGGACUACUUCUUGUAG